UUCUACUAAGAGGCAUCUGUGCUGUGGCUGAGUGAACAACCCCAGUACCUCCGUCCCGCUGUCUGGACCUUGUCAACGACGACAACCCCAGUACCUCCGUCCCGCUGUCUGGACCUCGUCAACGACGACAACCCCAGUACCUCCGUCCCGCUGUCUGGACCUUGUCAACGAACGACAACACCGUUAUUAUUAUUGGGAUAUCAAUAAUCGUUUACAUCGGGAACAGCCUUUGCAGCAACUAUGUGGAUUUACAACAUUAUUUUUCCUCUCUUAAUCGUCCGUUUUUCAGAGUGCAGGAGGAAUGCAUUACAGGACUACCAGAGGAGUGAUGGCGUGAGAUUGGUCCAACUGCCUGACUCUGCCCUCCACACCAAAAGCAGGAAGUUGAGCAUUGUGAAGUGUGCCCGUGAUUGCAGCCGCAACAAGAUACUGCUCUUCACUUGCAGAGCGUUCUUGUAUGAUCAGAAAAACAGGAAAUGCCAGUGGCUGUCGUUUGACAGGAACUCACCAGGAGUCCAAAGCCAACACGACUUCAACUACCAACUCUACCAGAAGAAAGCCUAUGUGCAGGAGUGCAUAGUGGGGACAGGAGUGAACUACAGAGGGAGAAGGUCUGUAACGGCCAGUGGAAUCAGGUGCCAAGCCUGGGCCUCUCCUUUCCCUCAUGAACACAAUUUCCUACCGAGGAGGAACAGGAAGAAGGAGCUGACAAACAACUACUGUCGUAACCCUGACAACGCUAUUUCAGGACCAUGGUGCUUCACUACAGACCCCAACAUCAGACACCAGGACUGUGGAGUACCUGAGUGCUUACAAGUGGAGUGUUUGAGCUGUAAUGGGGAAAGUUACAGAGGUCCCAUGGAUCACACCGAGACGGGACGGGAGUGUCAACGCUGGGACCUAGAGGAACCACACAAACACCUCUUCCACCCCAAGAGGUAUCCUGAUAAAGGCCUAGAUGACAACUAUUGUAGGAACCCAGAUGGACGUCAACGACCGUGGUGUUUCACCCUGGAUGCACACACGUCCUGGGAGUACUGCAACAUCACAGCCUGCCCCUCAGACAGUGUGGGAGAGGUAGAUGUGACUACUAGGUGUUUCUGGGGUCGAGGUGAGGGCUACAGAGGGACAGUAGCAGAAACACCCAGUGGGGUGACCUGUCAACGCUGGGACUCACAGUACCCCCACAACCAUACAUACAUACCCCAGGACUAUCGCUGCAAAGACCUGAGGGAGAACUACUGCAGGAACCCUGACGGCCUUGACCUCCCAUGGUGCUUCACUUCAGACCCUGACGUUCGCAAGGCAUUCUGCACCAACAUCCCCCGCUGUGGCACACAGAAUACUGAACCCCAUGACUGCUACGAGGGCAAUGGAGAGAGCUACAGAGGAGAGGUGUCAAGGACCAGGUCAGGUCUUCCCUGUUCCCUCUGGAGAGACCACAGUUGGGACAGAGAUGCAGCGGUGCUGACUGUGGGACAGGAGGGGGGUUUCUGUAGGAACCCAGACAGAGACACACAUGGCCCCUGGUGUUACACUAACAGCACUGCUAUACCCUGGGACUACUGCAGUGUCAAACCAUGUGAACCAUCAGAGAACAUCAUUCCACAGAGAGUGGAGGUGUCCAAGGUGUCAUGUUUCAUCCAUAAGACGACCAGGAUAGUAGGAGGAGCUCCAGUCGCCAUCACAGACGGAAGUUGGAUGGUCAGCAUACAGAAACGGUCCAGUCACUGGUGUGGAGGUUCUCUCAUACGAGAGGAGUGGGUCCUCACUGACAGACAAUGCUUCUCCUCAUGUGUUCCAGACCUGAGUGAGUAUCGUGUGUGGUUGGGUGUAUCAGACCUUCGUGGCUUGGCUCCGAACAGCUCCUUCAGACAGGAAGUCUCCAUCUCCCAUGUGAUCUGUGGUCCUGAGGGCUCCAACCUGGCCCUCAUACGGCUGGCCCAGCCUGCCCUCCCUGCAGACAGUGUCCACACCAUUCAGCUGCCGGUGGCUGGGUGCUCCAUUGCUGAUGGCUCGAUGUGUAGCAUGCAUGGAUGGGGCGAGACCAAAGGUACGGGUCAUGAAGGUGUACUGAAGGUGGUCCAUCUGCCCAUGGUCAGUAAUGAGAGGUGUAGUGAACAACACAGAGGGAACCUCCACAUCACAGACACCAAGAUUUGCGCUGGGGGGAGGAAGGACGAGGGGGUCUGUGAGAGGGACUAUGGCGGCCCCUUGGUGUGCCAGGAAGGAGAGAGCAGGGUCAUAGUGGGGGUCAGUGUCCAUGGCAGAGGCUGUGCCCGUGCCAAUCGGCCUGGCAUCUUCAUCAACGUCCCCUUCUACACCCAGUGGAUCCACAAGGUGUUCCGACACUACCCCGAACCUCAGAUCAACUAGGCACUACCCUCAGAUCAACUAGGCACGACCCUCAGAUCAACUAGGCACGACCCUCAGAUCAACUUGGCACUACCCUCAGAUCAACUUGGCACCACCCUCAGAUCAUCUAAAUAUCAAAUAGAGAUAAACCUUUAUCCCAUCAUCAAUUAGAGACUCAGUCGACCCCCCUUGAUAUAGAUACACAUUGUUGUCACUACUCUUACCUGUGGCUCAGUCAUGUAAGGAUCAACUGAGUCCCUGUGCAUUUGAAAGGGCCAUCCAGCCAUACAGAAAAAUAUCAAACGCUACUCAAAACGUGAUUCUGGAGUUCAGACUCAUGGGCUUCUAUAUGUCUUUGGAGUGGACCUGUGAAGUGGAAUGUAAUUGUGUUGAUCAGACUGCUGGAUCGAUCCUUUAGAUCAUGUAAAUAUGUAGUGUUACAAACAUGCUACUAAGGACAACGGAGGUGUGGAUAUGUGGUUGGCCAACCACCAUGUCCUGAAGCUGGUAAGGUUUGGAUGUUCAGGACUCGUAUUGUACACAAUCAGUAAGAAUCUGUAGACAAUGUGGUAAUAGGGGAGAGUGGGGUAAAUUGAGACACCCCUUGUUUCUAGGAAACCAUAUACAAAAUUAAUAAUGUGACCACAUUUUUAGGAAGAGGUCAUCAUUUCAUGGAGUCAGAAGGAAGAAACCACCACCACAAAGUAAAUUGAAUGUAUUGUGUUACAGGUUUCAUGAUGCUUGUAUCUAAACCAAAGUAGAUGUACAUCAGUUGGGGUCUUUAUAAGCUACAAUAUGAGGUCCUAAACCUAGCAUGAAAGUGCAUCCUUGUAGCUGUGUGGACUAAUAUAAUCAAAAUGUUUGCCUUGGGGUAAGUUGAGCCAAUGGCCACCAUACCCCAUACAAAUGAUGAUUACAUUUGGUCAGUUUUAUGCAUAAUAUGCAUAGUAUUUUUGCAAUGUGUCAUACAUAUAAACUCAUGAUAGUGCAUUUGUAUUAUUACAGAGCAGACAUCUUGUAUACAAACGUAAAACAAGCAGGGGUCUACCCGCCUUGAGUUUCUUCAGAGAGCAGCCAAGGAAGUGAGAAAAGGGAAGGAGUCAAUUUGAGCAGCAGAAAAGGAUGGAAAAAAUUGUCCUUAUGACACUGAAGAGGUACAUUGACUUUCAGCAAGGCUAUGACAGAGUAGCAGAGGCACACAAGGUCUCAUCUGAUGACAUGGAGUCUCAGCCUGCUGAUCAUAUCAAGAAUCUGGCCUUAAAUGCAGAGAACUGGCACAACUGGCACAUACGAAUUGGCACAUUGAAGUAACAUCUCUAUCCCAGGCAACUGGUCAAGAAAUGGAAGGGUCAGUGAUAUUGAACAGAGAGAUCUAUAUCUGAAUGUAGGCAUACAUUUAAGAUACGCACUAUACCACACCCCCAUUCCAUGAAUUAAACUUUGACCUACCAGCACCAUCACCCACUAUCACAGGUCACCAUCACCCACCUACCUCAAGGCGGCUCAACUGACCUUGUUCCUAUGCUCAACUUACCACAUACCCGGGGUAAGAUGUGCCAAAAUACCACCUUUUUUGGACAAGCUAUGUUUUCAAAACUGUUAUGUUUCCAUGAAUUCUGAUUAUUUCCAGGGAUACACAACAUCCUGAAAUACACUACAAAAGUGUGCUCAUCAAACAUCUCAUUCGAAAAUCAUGGGCAUUAAUAUGGAGUUGUUCCCCCCUUUGCUGCUAUAAAAGCCUACACUCUUCUGCGAAGGCCUCCCACUAGAUGUUGGAACGUUGCUGCUGGGACCUGCUUUCAUUCAGCCAAUAGAGCAUUAGUGAGGUCGGGUAGUGAUGUUGGGCGAUUAGGCCUGGCUCGCAGUCGGCUUUCCAAUUCAUCCCGAAGGUGUUCGAUGGGGUUGAGGUCAGGGGACUGUGCAGGCGAGUCAAGUUCUUCCAUACCGAUCUCGUCAAACCAUUUCUGUAUGGACCUCACUUUGUGCAUGGGGGCACUGUCAUGCUAAAACAGGAAAGGGCCUUCCCCAAACUGUUGCCACAAGUUUGGAGGCACAGAACCUGUAGCGUUAAUAUUUCCCUUUACUGUAACCAAGGGGCCUAGCGCUAAUCAUAAAAAACAGCCUAAGACCUUUAUUUCUUCUCCACCAAUCUUUACAGUUGGCACUAUGGAUUCAAGCUGGUAUUGUUCUUCUGGCAUCUGCCAAACACAGAUUUGUCCAUCGGACUGCCAGAUGGUGAAGCGUGAUUCAUCACUGCAGAGGACACAUUUCCACUGCUCCAGAGUCCAUUGGCGGCGAGUUUUACACCACUCCAGCUGGUGCUUGGCAUUGCGCAUGGUGAUCUUAGGCUUGUGUGUGCCUGCUCGGCCAUGGAAACCCAUUUCAUGAAGCUCCUGACGAACAGUUAUUGUGCUGACGUUGCUUCCAGAGGCAGUUUGGAACUCUGUAGUGAGUGUUGCAACCAAGGACAGAUGAUUUUUAAGUGUUAUGCGCUUCAUCACUCGGCGGUCCCGUUCUUUGAGCUUGUGUGGCUUACCACUCUGCGGCUGAGCUAUUAUUGCUCCUAGAAUUUUUUACUUCACAAUAACAGCACAUACAGUUGACCAGGGCAGCUCUAGCAGAGCAGAAAUUGGAUGAACUGACUUGUUGGAAAGGUGGCAUCCUACUGUAUGACGGUGCCACAUUGAAAGUUACUGAGCUCUUCAGUAAGGCCAUUCUACUGCCAAUGUUUGUUUAUGGAGAUUGCAUGGUUAUGUGAUUGAUUUUAUACACCUGUCAGCAUUUGAAGGGGUGUCCACAUACUUUUGUGUAUAAAUAGUGUAUAUGGUAGAAACAAUACUAUUUUUCCCUUGACAUAGUGAUGCUGAAUGUAAACGUUUUUGGCUCAACCUACCCCAAUCUCCCCUACACUUGAUUCCUGAAGUUACUUGAAUGUACUGAAAAUCAAAAGGCAGUAGCUCUCCACUUCUGUAGUGUUCUUCUGUAGGGCACUGUCAAGGUCACUAAAGCACAGCUCUGUACUUCUUAUGGCCUUAUGAGGGCAUUAUAUACUGUACUAUGCCAAUAAGUGUCACAGUGUAAAUAGUUUGCUGAGUGUGACUCUAACACUCGGAAUGUGAUAUUGGUCUUAUAGACCUGUGAGAGGAUGGUGAAGUUGGCCUUUUAGGAAUAUGGAAAGAUCAAUAUGAAGCCAUUGAAUGUAAAUAUGUUUUAUUUCUGUAUAUGUACAGUAUUUUAAAGGUAAAAGGGAAUGGAUUGCAACUCCAAGCCUUGCCAGUAUCCUCUUACCCUCUCCCCUCCUUUCUUUCUAUUUCCACUUCUCUCUUCAUCUCUCCUCCCCGCCUCUCUUACUGCAGUAAUGUAUUCUGUUUGAUAAACACACAUAACUCAAUACCACAGGCCAGUAUGACUGAUUCCGUGUGUGUGUGUGUGUGUGUGUGUGUGUGUGUGUGUGUGUGUGUGUGUGUGUGUGUGUGUGAAUUGUAUUGGAGUGAGUUAUAUUCCCUCCCCUCCCACAGCCUCUGGCAGACAUCCAGUAACUCUCUACUCUGGAAAUUAACUUUCACAGAAUCUGUUACUGCAAACUGUUACCGAAAUGGAGGUGUACUGUAUUUUUUUUGUUAUCAUUGUGGAAGUAUUAGCCUCUAUAUCUAUCACACGUUGGUCUGACUAUUUCACCUGGGAAUGUAAGGAGUCAAACAAGUAGGCCCACUUUAUAGCUUUUCUUAUAUUUCAUGCAUUUGUAUUUGAACAUUUAGUGAAGUUGUAUUCUGUGUGUGUGUGUGUGUGAUGCUGCUAUACAAUGUUACAUUAUCUGUACCUGUAUACUCUAGGCUACUGUACAUGUAUUGUUUUUAAUUUGAAUACUCAAUUUCAAUACAGUACUAUCACAUACAUGUAA